UCAACAUUUCAUUUGGUCCAAAGUUUUUUAAAGUUAUGGAAGUACAAUGGGAACUCUAUCGUUUUUUGUCGAUUGUUCGAUCUUGAUAUCUCGUGAAAUGUGGGAAAUAUUCUUGAAAAAACUAUGGGCGGCUGCAUAGGAAUAUCAAGGAGUCACAGUGGGGCUGUGGAGAAUAGUAGCGAAUCCGUAACAAGACCAGUGUCAGGAAAUCCACAUAAUAAACCAUACAGAUUGGCCCAUGAAACAAUUAGAUGGAAAUCAGAUGUACCCCUUACCGAAGGUCAACUUAGAUCGAAAAGAGAUGAAUUUUGGGAUACGGCGCCUGCAUUCGAGGGCAGAAAAGAAAUUUGGGAUGCCUUAAGAGCUGCCGCCAUGGCUGCAGAACAACACGAUUUUGAGCUGGCGCAAGCUAUUGUCGAUGGUGCUGGAGUUUUUGUACCUAACGGAUAUAUCACUGACUGUUACGAUCAAUUAGGCGAAAGGUACCAAGUCCCUAUAUACUGUCUUUCUUAUCCGAUAAAUAUUGUUAAAGAGGACGGCAGAGAUUCUCCAGCAGAAUGUAGUGAACCUGUGGAAAGUGGCACGGAAACUGUGUUAAAAUUAAGGUUAAGCCAUACAUGCAGUGAUGUAAAAUUGGCUGUUUAUUCUAGUGAUACAAUCAGUAUGUGCAAGAAAAAAUUGCAGAGCCAAGAAGGUAUUGAAUCGUCUAGACAAAGAUGGUUCUAUGGUGGAAAGCUUCUUGGUGACAAGUUACACAUUGAAGAAGCCAAGAUACCGUUAGGCUAUGUAGUUCAAGUCAUUGUCAAUAUGGAGAAUUACUCUCCUAUACCAAACAAAAAAGCCUUAUGAUGAGUUAGAGAAUUUACAUUAGGUUUAAGUAUUACAGGUAAACAAAGUUAAAAUGAU